CCCAUCUUUUCUUCGCCUUCUUUUGUGCCUGGAUUUGUCUCUCAGUUCCCUUGGAGUUCUGUAUUGCAGCUGAUUCCAUAAGGAUGCACCAAUCCAUAAGCAAUGGUGAGACUUUAGUUUCCUCAGGCCAAAGCUUUGAACUAGGCUUCUUCUCUCCUGGAAACUCCAAUAAUUGGUACUUAGGAAUAUGGUACAAGAAUACACCCCAGACAGUUGUAUGGGUUGCCAACAGAAACAACCCCAUCACAGAUUCUUACCGAGUUUUAACCAUCAUCAACAAUGGCCUUGUUCUUCUCAACCGGACAAAGAGUGUAAUCUGGUCUCCCAAUUUAUCAAGGGUACCAGAAAAUCCAGUUGCACAGCUCCUGGAGACUGGAAAUCUUGUUCUUAGGGACAACAGUAAUGAGAGUUCUAAAAGCUACAUAUGGCAGAGCUUUGAUCAUCCAUCAGACACACUGUUGCCAGGCAUGAAGAUGGGAAGGAACUUAAAGACUGGUGUACAACGAAAUUUGACAUCAUGGAGAAGUGCAGAUGAUCCAUCCCUUGGAGACUUCUCUCUCAGAAUCGAUAUUAAUGUGCUGCCUUAUGUUGUUCUUGGUACGGGAUCGAGCAAAAAAGUCCGAUCUGGGCCAUGGAAUGGAAUUGAAUUCAAUGGUCUUCCGGCGUUGAAAAACGGGGUUUUCAAAUCAGUUUUUGUUUACAAAGAGGAUGAGGUAUAUGCGUUCUAUGAGUCUCACAACGAUGCGGUUUUUACAAAACUAACAUUGAACCAUUCAGGUUUCGUCCAGCGUCUUCUAUUGAAAAAAGGGAGCUCUGAAUGGGAUGAAUUGUACUCGAUACCUAAUGACCUUUGUCAAAAUUAUGGGCGGUGUGGUGCUAAUAGUAUUUGCAGAAUGGGCAAGUUGCAGAUUUGUGAAUGUUUGACGGGUUUCACACCGAAUUCAGAAGAAGAAUGGAACAUGUUUAAUACAUCUGGUGGAUGCACACGAAGAAUGCCUUUAGAUUGCCAAAGUGAAGAGGGAUUUGUAAAGGUAACAGGGGUGAAAUUGCCCGACUUAAUAGAUUUUCAUGUGAUUUUGAGUGUGAGCCUUGGGGAGUUGGCUGUUUGA